GGACGUCCCAGCCGAAUGACCGGGCCUAGCGGGGGUCAGGGCCCGGUUCCGCGGAGUUCCGAGGUGCUCGGCCCAGCUCCUGAGAGAGCCAACCUGGCGGGGGUGCGGCACAUCCUGCUGGUGCUGUCGGGGAAGGGCGGCGUUGGGAAGAGCACCCUCUCCACUGAGCUGGCCCUGGCGCUGCGGCACGCCGGCAAGAGGGUGGGGAUCCUGGACGUGGACCUGUGCGGGCCCAGCAUCCCGCGCAUGCUGAGGGUGCAGGACAGCGCUGUGCACCAGUGUGACAGCGGCUGGGUGCCCGUCUUCGUGGGCCAGGACAAGGCCCUCGCCCUCAUGUCCAUCGGCUUCCUGCUGGAGCGCCCGGACGACGCCGUGGUGUGGAGGGGACCCAAGAAAAACGCUUUGAUCAAACAGUUUGUCACCGACGUGGCCUGGGGGGAGCUGGACUUCCUCAUUGUGGACACACCACCGGGCACGUCCGACGAGCACAUCUCCACCGUGGAGGCCCUGAGGCCCUUCCAGCUGCUCGGGGCAGUGCUGGUCACAACACCUCAGGCUGUGUCCGUGGGGGACGUGAGGCGGGAGCUGACCUUCUGUAGGAAGGCAGGACUGCACAUCCUCGGCAUCGUGGAGAACAUGAGCGGCUUCGUGUGCCCCCACUGCUCUGAAUGCACAAACAUCUUCUCCAAAGGGGGAGGCGAGGAGCUGGCCAAGCACGCCGGGGUGCCCUUCCUGGGCUGCGUCCCCCUGGACCCCCAGCUCAGCCAGAGCUUGGAAGAAGGCAGAGACUUCAUCCAGGAGUUUCCCAAGAGCUCUGCCUUCCCUGCCUUGACUCACAUUGCCCAGCAGAUCUUGGACACAUCGCAGAGGAGCUCCUGAGGCAGGCGUGGAGCUGGACUGGGCUGGCAGCCCAGCAGCAGGAAGGGGAUGCAGGAACUGUUCAACUCAAGCUGGGGUGUGAGGGGGGGAGCACAGAUUCCUGCUGCUGCUGGCAGUCCCAGAGGGAAGAAGCCACAUCCCCUCAUACUCAGAGAGACUCUGGAGCUGCAGUGUCCAGGCUGUUCUUCCCUGAGCAUUCCCACAUGGUUCUGGUCACCUGGAUCAUGGCUCCAUGUGCUGCUGCCUUCUGCUGCCCCUGCCUGAUGGAUCACACAGGCCUUGCUUCAGUGGCUGGCUCGUGCUGGGUGCUCCCAUGUGGAGCCAGGCCAGGCCCCUGAGCUCGGAAUUCCCGGCUGGCUGGUUCCUGAUGGGCCAUGAGGGCACAGCACAGCGUGGGCUGGGCUGAGGAAACACCUUCAGGAGCUGCAUCCCAUCGUGCUGGGAAGGAGCCCUCAGGCCUGCUGGGCUUCUGUGACUCAGGAAUAUUUUUCAAGGUUCCAGGCAGUAAACCCUUUUCUUAAAAUGCAGGUCUGCAAAACUUCUGUUUUUCCAUGG